GUGUAAGUUAAAUGUAAAACUACGGAUAUUGUGUUUUGUGUCGUACAAAAAAUACCAAACCCUUUAAACGCCGGGGCAGUGCCGCCAGUGUAUGAGGUCGUAUCGUGUCGUAUAUGGGAGAGAGCAAAGUCUAACCGGUCCAGCUGCCACGGUUUGGCUGAUGCGGUCGUCAGGACCAGUUAAAACAUAAAACAGAAUGAGACAACAAAAUAAAGCAGCUUGACAUCAUGCGGUUAAUUAUUUCACAUCCCAUGAUGAGAGGGUAAUAAUACUGCAUUGAUGACCCUUUUGCGUCGUAAACUUUAAAUUAAUGAACAACCGUUGUGCUGUGCAUUAAAAUCUUUAGCCAGAUUUGCGUGUACAGAUUUUACGUGAAGCGCUUUCACGAGUUGCAGUAACGAGCUUUGAAUGUGCGAUGAAAUUCCGAAAGACUGAAAUGCAAUAUUUUUUAAGGUUGAACAAAACGAUGAAAGCACUCAACGAUAAUUGGUGUCUGACGAUUAUCGGUCAGUAAUAUAUCUAAUGAUAAGCUGACAUAACAAGUAAAAGCAUGUGACUGCAAAUUGUCGAAUUAGUAUUUUGAAGAAACACACUUGAAACGCACUUUUUAUGCCGAAUAUCACUUCCUGUUUCCAUCGUUUUGCUUUCAAAUUGGGGUGAAUGUUUUUGUUUACGAUUUUCCAAAACGCACUCAGACAGCCAAUUGUACUUUAUAUAAUCCAUAAUGCUCCUUUAUAUUUUAAAUGCAGAGGUAUAUCCUGCUUCAUAAAUGCCAAACCAUGUCUACCGGAGUCUCAAUCCGUUCGCAGGCACCGCCGCAUUUUGUAUUGGUAAAGAGUUGAUCUUUUUGAUAUUGAAACUGAUGUUAAAACCAGUUGAUUUACCAGCAUAAAAUUGCCAUCAAGUUAGUGAUUGGGGAAAAAACUUUUCAAUAUUUAUUUGAAAUGAGUUUCGACGUGACCAAUUUAUCAGAGAUUUGGUGAUAAAGUCUGAAGUGCCAGAGUUGCUACGUCACAAACCACAGUGAGCAACACCGACUGUGUGUUUACAUGGCAAGUAUUUCCUCAUAUAUUAUACAACAAGUCCAUGGUCGUUGGUAGUGUCCUCUUCAUUUAGUUGCGCUAACACGCUCCCCAAACAAGGCAUAGUCAAGGACCCGAUCCCCCUUGCCAUCGCGUCAAAUUAACGGCCUGGACCGUCCAGCCAACAACAGAAUCUCCAGGAGAUGUUUUCCGUCCAGGGAAAUUAAGGAAUACUAUCAUCUCGCUAAAUCAGUGGAGUUGUAUGUAGUUUUGAUUGCCAGAUACUGAUGGUUGGAAUUGCACAGCGGCAACGUAAAUAAUAUUAGCUAGAAAUGCGUACCUUAUAGGCUGACAUUACGAUAGUUGAGUAUUCACCAAUGAGUGCCAUCGUUUCUUCAAAUAACUGAUUGAUCUAUCAACAAAGUCUGACUUCUAUAACAAUGCAACGUGCCUCGUCUUGUAAUGAGGUACUUCCAUGGUGCAAAGUCAGCACGAACUACCGAUAAUGACAUUGAGUGAAGUCGCUACGACAUUGACCACGUCCGAAAACCACAGUUAUUGGUGUGUAUCGAGCUGCUGCAAAGCUGGAUAAAUACGGUGGGGAAAUUUUUUUAACGCAAAUACACGAGGCUGAGUCUACGCUGGAAAGAGCGGGGACUAUUCUCGGUGUGAGGUUGUGAGGAGCAGAGCCAAGAGAAUGCUAGCUAUGGAUGAGAACGGGACAUUGCCAGUAGAUACAGGUAUGUAGUGAUGUGAUUGUGUAACUGUAUCAAUUUCACUCUGGAUGGAUUGCAGUAUAUAGGCCCAAGUUUUUUGCUGAUUGUUUUGUUCGAAUUCCCUCAUUGUUUGUUUAUCGGGGGUCUUUGUUUGUGUGUUGGGAUUUGUUUGUUUGUUGGUUGGGGUUUGUUUGUUUGUUGUUUGUUUUGUUCGCCAUUUUGUAUUUAUUUGUUUAUUUGUUUGUUUGUUUUUGUUUGGGGGAGCUGUUUGCAUUGAGAACGCAAGGCAGACGCUAUACAAUUGGCUUUUCUAAGUUUUUGCUUGAACCAGAACGAUUUAGUAGAUUGGGAUUUGAAUUUGUAAACGCCGGAUUAACGUGCCGGUGCUUUACCUACUGAGCUAUCUAAAUAGAAUCACGAUGUUGGCGGUCUCCCUAUUUUGUCAAUAGUUGUUCAUGUAUCUGUGUUGGGGUGCCAGUCGUUAACACAACCGUUAACCGCCGUAUAGCGAGGGACCACACCCAAGUUUACGAUACACCAUGGGAAGCGGCACCAAGUUGUUUGUUGUCAAAAUCUGCAAAAAUGCGAACUGACAUUUAAAACUUCACAUUUCUUUUCAUAGACCCAACGGAUUACCACAAUUGCAGCGGUGUUUCAGUCACUCUCUCCCCGUGUUUAUCUGAGACAGAGUGGUACAAUUCAACCUCGUGUCUAUGCCAGACGUUCCCUUUGAAUUAUCUAGACCUUCUCGACCCGGCAGGAAUAGUCUUUCUCUCCGUUGCAAUCUUCAGCACCUUGCUGGAUAUCUUCGUUGUGGUCGUCUUCAUCCGAUUCAGAUAUACACCCAUCGUCAAAGCAGCCAAUCGGGAACUGAGUUUCCUAUUGCUGUUUGUACUCCUAAUCUCAUUCAUGUUUCCAUUGAUUCACAUUGGUCUUGUUGAGCAAUGGCGAUGCCAGGUCCAGGCCUGGCUUGAAGGACCAUUGUCUACCUGUAUGUAUGCCAUCUUCCUGAUCAAAACCCACCGAGUACUGAGCAUCUUCGAAGCCCGUCUCCCUAAGGUGGUGCACCGGCAGUGGAUCCUUGGGAGUAAUCUCCAACUAGUCGGAGUUUUGUUACUGACACUUGUCCAGCUUAUAAUAGUCGCCAUAUUUGUAAAUAUCUUCAGUCCGUCGGUGGAAUACAUGACCGACCCAGAGUUGAAGAAAACGUACGCACAAUGCAAGUCUGACGCCACUGCUGAUAUUAUUAUGUCAGCCUAUCCAACACUGCUUACCAUACUGUGUUUCUGUUUCGCGUUCCGUGCACGUCGCCUACCUGAGAACUACGGCGAAUCACGGCACAUCCUAGCUAACAUGGCCGUCAAUUUGACCGUGUACUUCACGUCCUUCGGUUUGAAGCAGGUCUACCAGGGCAAGGCCAAGACCAUCGUGGGGAAUGUGUUCCUCAGCGUGUCUCCCCUUGCUGGACUAGUGCUGUUAUUUGUCCCUAAGGUGUGGAUCAUCCUGAUCCGUCCGGAGCGUAACACGGUGCAGGAGCUUAGGCGAAUGACUCUUGCUCACAUGCAGAGGCAGUCCGAGUUCUCACCGGACACCGAUGGCAAUGUCCGAGGAGAGGAGAGGAAGAAGCCAGGGGAAGACACCCGUCCCAAGUCUCUACUACGGCGAGGAAAAAGUGGCUCCAUCACCAACAAACACCCCAACGAGAACGGACUGCCCGGAAACGGCAGCAAGAAAUCAAUACACAGUGUUGACAAUGGAAAUAUGAACUCAAAAAAAGGAAAUUGUGAGGUGAACCCUUCUGAUGACGAUGGAGAUAAAUCACACAACAAGACUCUCAGUAAAGUCCCCGCAGUGGAAAAUUCCACUGACCGUCGAAACGUAGACUUACCCCAAAGAAAGGGAACUAAACACGGCCUGCAAAAACGCUCAAGCAGUCUCUUUGUCAUCCAGAUAUUGGAUGACAUCGAGGAAAAACAAAACGAGGAAUCCUUGAAAGUUCGGACAGUCGCUGGCGACCAUCCACUGAAUUUCAGCCUCCAUGAAAGCGAGAAUGAAAAGGAGUUAGAGGGUGAUAUGUUUGUGGUAUCAAUGUUAGGCAGGACUCUGACUUUGAAAGUUGACGACCGGGAUGCCGUGGGAAUUCCUCAGACACUCGGAGGGGUGUAUGUUGGAUGCAAAACCAAUGGGACAUCUUGUGUACGAGAAACGGUAGACAGUGACCCCAUUAUAAACGAUGAAAAUGAUGGCAAACAGAACCAAACUUUAGUAAUUGCCAAAGAGCAAAGCGAAGGCCAGGAGGGCUAUGGCGGCAAGACUUGUUCUGACGCCCAACGUGUUAACAACAUCAGUGCUCCUGAUGGAAAACAAGAGUUGGGUCCUGCCGUCGGAUUUGUAGACGUAUUUCAAGACGUCAAUGACGCGAAUCUCAACAAACACCUCUCCACUACAGACACUUUUGAAACAUCUGAUUACGUCGAAAGCCCUAGUUCGGACUGCACCUUUAAUGCUGAAACCGAUACCAAUGGAAAACAUAUCGUGCCUACGAUCAAUCCUAGUUCCCAAUCAAACCAGGAACCAAAAGUUCCCGUGAUAAAAGGGGAGAAAAACGCGGUUUCUGACGAUGUCUGGUUUGAAGAUUACACUUCAAAAAUACCACAAAGAAAUUUAACUUUCCAAGUUGGAGAAGAAGACAGUAGUUCUGAAUCUCAACUCCACAUUCUUGAGAUGAAUGACAUAUUGAUCCAAAUGGAGUUAAUAAAUCCAAGUGGCAUACACGAAGCUCGUGAUCUGGCUGAAAACACAAAACCGCAAUUGGGUAAUUUUCUAACUGAUGAAGACACAGAGCUUUAGUAGUCAGAAGUGCUCAAAUUUAUAGGGUUGUUCAAGCUAAAAACAUUUACUGCUGUGCAAAAAUUGAAAGGAUACCAGUCAUAUAGACUGUUCAUUGGAAAUUGUAUUUUGGCUGGUAACCGUAUUCUGGUAAGCAUAAUUUUGCUGUACUUAGGUACUUUAAAGCUCAAUAAAAUUGGCCUGGUCAAAUCCUUUUAAGAAAAGAUAAGUAGAUAUCAAUCUACCUGAGUAUACUGUAUUUAUCAUUCUGAGAUAAGGUCACAUUGUCAAGUUUCUAGAUAUUGGGAUGUGAACGAAAUCAAGUUUGGAACCUUUUGUUUUAAAUGUAAAUUAUAUGCCUUAGUAUACCCUUGAUUCGAAACUGUAAUGUGCAAUUUUGAAAAAGUAUUUGUGUUACAAUAUGUAACCAUGUCUUUCAUUCCAUUCAGUUACAAAGGACCAAAUUAUUGUAUUUGACACUGAGAACAAAUUGCAUAAAAUAUAUGAAGGAGUUCGUUGCCAGAAUGGCUUCUAAAACUUCUGGUUCAGAGUUGAUCCACCAGGGGGUCACAAUAGAUCCACCCGGGGGUCAGAAUCAAUCCACCAGGGGGUAAGAGUUGAUCGGCCAGGGGUCGGAAUCGAUCAAACAUGGGUUAAGAACCGAUCCGCACCGGAGUCAGAGUUGAUAAACCAGGGGUCAGAAUCGAUCAGCCAGGGGGUCAGAAUAGACUGCCGAAGGGUCAGAAUCAAUCCGCCAGGGGGUCAGAGUUGAUCAGCCAGGGGUCAGAAUCAAUCCGCCAGGGGGCCAGAGUUGAUCAGCCAGGGGUCAGAAUCAAUCCGCCAGGGGGUCAGAGUUGAUCAGCCAGGGGUCAGAAUCAAUUCGCCAAGUCUUGUGGGGCCUCAACAAUUUCUUGUAAGAACAUGUUGAACCAGGAAUGCAGAAUGCAAGUUCAAAUCCCAUUGUAACCACUUUCCGGGUCAGCUUGAUCCAGAAAUGAGUCAGACCCCCUGGGAUCAGGGGUUGAUUUCACAAAGAUAGUCCCUACUUUAGGACUAGUCCUUACUUAGGGCUUGUCCUAGGACUCUUUAGGAGUUAUUAAUGAUGAUAGUCAUAUGUUAGUAGCUCAUCCUAACUCGAGAUCAAACUACUCUUUUGAAAUUCAUCCAAGCAGUCUUGAUCUUGACCUAGACAUUUUUUAGAGUGUAUAGUUUAUAUAGUAUGAUAGGUACUUCAAUGUGACACAGAAGCUCGAUAUGUCAUAGAAUAUUUUGGAAACAAUGGCUAGAGCCUCGAUUUGUGCACCGCCUGUUUAAAGUACUGUAGCGAAAGUUCAUGUUUUCAAAUGAAGAAGCCCAAGCAAGAGCUGCAGCCAGAGUCGCAGUGUAGGUUUUGGUUUUGAAACCGCUGUGUAUUAUAUUAGUACAUAUGUCUCAUGUUAUGACAUGUUUGUACAUGAUAAUAUAUUUAUCAAAUUUUACCAGAUAACCAUCAAGUAUUUAUGUACAUUUUAACAUUCACACAUAUUUUGUCAUCGCUUUUCACAAAGCAAGAAGUAAUACUCGCUUUGCUAUUGAAAAUCUACAUACAAAUUGUUUUAGUUCCGCAGUUUAUAUGCUUAAA